UCAAUCCAACAACGCGGACGUAAAUUGAUGUUAGUGAAAGCAGAAGCAAUCCUGUUGGUCCAUCUUCUGCAUCCACAAGAAGGAGAGCAACACCUCCAUUUUUGGAGAAGGUUUAUGAUAUGGCACAACAAUUUCUCAAGCUUCAUUUGUCAACUCAAAACACAUAUGUGGAAAUGAUGAAUUUGAAAGAGAUGCAACAAACUUUAGAGAGUGAAAUGCUAGUCCUUCGGAAACAUGCUCAGAGUAUUAUGUUCAAGCAACAAAAAGCGCGAAAGUAUAUCUUCAAAGAAGUUGUUACGACCAAAAACGGCCUACAGAGCACUGAUGCUAUAAAGGAACAAGGAUCAGAUGGACAAAAAUGCACUGAGAGCUUGGAAGGGCACUUGUAUGAAGGUGAAACAUCACAUUGGAGCUCGGAAAAGUCUCCAAGGGUAGAAUCAGAUUAUUCGUUGCUGAAGAAGCAGCUAAUGGAUGAUCUGAACUUUGAGAAUGUGCCUGAGGAGGAAAGAGCAAAGCUUCAGGAAAAUCAUGUCAUUCCUUUGGAAGAUUUGAUUGAAGGGUCUGCAGAUUGGGCUGAGUUUGUGAAAGGCCUGAGCAAGAAAGCAAGGAGUUGA